GGCAUUUCGAUCUUUUUUUUAUGCGGCGCUCGCAGCUUUGAAUGAAACAUGUCACGGCGGAGAAGACGACGAAUUCGAAACCGACUUUAAAAUGAGAAUCCGGUUUUAGGAGACGUGAAUCCGUACUUAUAUCUAGAGGGAGAGACUUUGCGAGAAACAGAUGAAUGUUCCCGCGCUGCGAGGCGAGGCGAGGUCGAUUACGCAGCGAAAAGUUGGAAUCAGUGCAGGACGCCUCGCAGACACUUCCAGGAAUGUUUGUAGGUGUUAGAUAUCAUAAAUCAAAGUUGCCGCGUGAAGCAGCCAACACGUGGCGGAGGCUGCGGCACAGGGCACAGACCAGCCCCCGCCGCGUGUGUGUGAGCCCUUGAAGCACCCUCAGUACCCUCAGGACCGUCACCACCAGUCCAGCGGAAGGACCACCGCAGGGCAAGGCGGGGCUGCGUGGCCGCCUGUGUGCUGGCUGUGUGGCUGUUUGCACACAUGAGGGUCUCGGCCUGUUUUUUACAGUCGGCCAUACAUACAAACAGAAGGACUCGGGCUGAGCCUGGAGCCUAGCGGCCGGCGGCCCAAUGAUAUGCUCAAGAGAGUGGUUGGGAAUUUACUCCGAGAUUAACUUAGUAAAGAGGGAACUUGUGGCGUUCCUCCCAAAAGUUGGUGAGAGCUUUGUCUGGCCGUGCGGGGACAACAAACCCGCGUGGAAGUGUCGCGGCCACGGCCUGUUUGCACCACAUGUUGUGAGGCGCCGCGGCGAGCUGAACAAAGGGCCGUGGCAGGGGACGUGGGGGAGGCUUCACAGCGCCCUUAGGAGCAUCAAGACUCAAGGACAUCUCUUCCCUCCCUCAUCCCGCCCCUUCCCAGCCGCGGUGGCGGAGCAUUGUCAGGCGGGGCCCCAAGUGUCCCCCCGGCCGCCGUCGCCACUGCCACUCGAGCACUGAUGCUGAGGGGCGGGGGCAUCCACCCCUGCCCUCAGCCCCGCCCACUGGCGUCACUCCGCCCAGCCUCCUCGUGGUUGGACCUGGCCCGGCUGAGGGGCGGGGCAGGGCGUGGAGCCAGGCUCAUAUACCAGCGAGGGUGCGGGCCAGGCACGCACACCCGGCCUGGAGCAGCCAGCUCUUCACCGUUCCCGCGCCGCGCCUCCCGCCGUGCGAUGUCCCCGCGACCCGCCAGCCCCGCCAUGGACUCUGUGUGUGGACGCGAGUCCUCCGUAUCACCGCCCAUCGUGGUGGCGCCCGUGGCCGUCAAGGCAUCGCCCCUCAACGACACCCAUCAGCCAGCGACGCCCACGGACCAGCAGCGGCUGCUGUACCAGCUUGCCCUCGCCGAGAGGCUGCGCCUGGCCUCGGCAGGCCUGGCCUGGGCCCGCCCGUCGCUGUCCCUCCAAAUGCAAGCUCCCCAUCCACACCACAUGCAGGAGGUGGGCGGCAUGGUGGGCGGCCUAGUGGGUGGGCCCUUCAUGGGCGGCCUGGGCGGCCUGGGCUCCCCGCUGAUGGGCGGGCUAGGCGGCGCGCUGUUGGGUGGCGGCCAGGCAGGAGCGGCGGCCGUGUACCCGCCAGGCUACCCAUUCAGCGCCUACGGCUACCGUCUGGUGGACCCGCGGGCCCUGCUGCCCCGCGGCCCCGAGGAGCCCAAGCCGCAGCACUCGUACAUCGGCCUGAUCGCCAUGGCCAUCCUGAGCGUUCCCGACAAGAAGCUUGUGCUCAGCGACAUCUACCAACACAUCCUCGACCACUACGCCUACUUCCGCUCCCGAGGGCCCGGCUGGCGCAACUCCAUCCGCCACAACCUCUCCCUCAACGACUGCUUCAUCAAGUCGGGCCGCUCGGCCAACGGCAAAGGCCACUACUGGGCCAUCCACCCCGCCAACGUGGACGACUUCAGCCGCGGGGACUUUCGCCGCCGCCGCGCCCAGCGCCGCGUCAGGAAGCACCUCGGCCUGGCCGUUGACGACGACUCAGAGCCCGAGACCUCCUCACCCCCACACCCCUACGAGUCCCCCACCGCCGGGAGAGCAACUGGCCACGCCUCCGCCCUACACCUCACCAGACCAAAGAGACAGUUUGACGUGCUAAGCUUGUUGGCGCCUGACCAGCCCCCCUUCCUGAAGGAGCCGACUGAUACAGACAUCAACGGUGUCUGUCCGGGAACAAACUACCGCAUGUGUAGCCCGACGCAGCCCGUCCUGAGUGCCGGGGACCCCGAGGAGACGCGACUCGCACUCCGCGGUGACCAUGACGACGGAGGGGAACAAGGACGACAGCAUGCCUGUGGCGCGGCCCCGCCAAGUCCUGACCCCGGACUGACCAGCGCCCAGCACCCCCUCGGCCAGUGCCACAAGGCGACGGAGGCGGUGAGCGUUAUCGCGGGGAGCCAGAAUGACGCCCGCCAUAUGGGCAAGGAAGCGGCCAAUCGUCCAGUGCCGUUCUCCGAGGUAUGGCCCCAGGGUCACGCCGCCGCUACCCACACCCACCCCUCGCCUCCCGCCCGGCACCCCCCAGGCUCCCCGCCCCGCCCCAUCACACGUCCAGGUGUGACCAACGUUACACCCACGCCCUCACCCUACCCGCGCCCACCCGUGGUAACCUGAGCUGUUCCGCCCCUGCCACCGCCGCCCACACAGCCCACCGCUACCACCCACGACCCGCCCGUCCCUGGAGCCGACGGGGCUAACAAGGGUCUGGUGCUGUCCACUCUUAUAAGUAAAAAACUGAACCGUUCCCAGUCUUUCAUUACCCCUCACCAGCACUAUCUCGCCCCUCCCCCUCCCUCCCUGCACCACCCGGCCCCGCACCCCCACGCAUGACGCCUCUGAAAGGUGUCCACGCCACACCGACCACACUCACCCAUC